GGUCAACAUGGUGCAUUACACAAUCACAUUACCGCCAAACAAACACUAGGCGAGCAGACACAUGACAGGCCUGCCAGUUAACGUUUCCAGCUAGAGUCGCCGGCAUAUUGUUGUUGUAAUCAUGUUUGUAGCGCGUAGCAUCGCGGCAGAUCAUAAAGAUCUAAUUCACGACGUGUCGUAUGAUUUUCACGGCCGGAGGAUGGCAACCUGCUCCAGCGACCAAAGCGUCAAGGUCUGGGACAAAAGUGACAAGGGAGAGUGGCACUGCACAGCCAGCUGGAAGACGCACAGUGGAUCGGUGUGGCGAGUGACCUGGGCACAUCCAGAAUUUGGGCAGGUUCUAGCUUCCUGCUCCUUUGACAGAACAGCUGCUGUCUGGGAGGAGAUUGUAGGGGAAUCCAAUGACAAGCAGAGGGGACUGAGCCACUGGAUUAAGAGAACUACACUAGUGGACAGUAGAACUUCAGUGACUGAUGUGAAGUUUGCCCCUAAACACAUGGGUCUGAUGCUGACCACCUGCUCUGCAGACGGGGUGGUGAGGAUCUAUGAGGCUCCCGAUGUGAUGAACCUGAGUCAGUGGUCCCUGCAGCAUGAGAUCUCCUGCAAGCUCAGUUGCAGCUGCAUCUCUUGGAACCCCUCCAGCUCUCGCGCCCAUCCUCCCAUGUUUGCUGUGGGGAGUGACGACAGCAAUGUAGCAUACGGUGGGAAGGUUCAGAUCUAUGAGUACAAUGAAAACACGCGGAAAUAUGCCAAAGCAGAGACGCUUAUGACGGUCACUGAUGCAGUCCAUGAUAUUGCAUUUGCUCCUAACCUGGGAAGAUCUUUCCAUGUGCUCGCCAUUGCAACAAAAGAUGUUCGAAUAUUUAAGCUUGUUCCUAUGAGGAAGGAGAGCACGUCCACAGGACCCACCAAGUUUGAAGUGCAGAUUGUGGCUCAGUUUGACAACCAUAACUCCCAGGUGUGGCGUGUGAGCUGGAAUAUCACCAGCACCCUGCUGGCCUCCUCUGGGGAUGAUGGCUGUGUGCGCCUCUGGAAAGCUAACUACAUGGACAACUGGAAGUGCACUGGCAUCCUGAAGGGAGAUGGCAGCCCGCUGACAAGUUCAUCUGGUCAGCCUACAGCCAUGAAUACCGUGGUGGGCUCCUCUGUUCAGUCCUCCCAGAAUUCCCUAAACGGGAUGUCUGCAGGAAGGAUUGGCAAGAAAGCUCCCUUUGCUCCUCCCCUGCGGCACCUGACCUCUCCAAAGAUAUACCAGCCACCCACAUAUUACUAAUGUGUCUUGUGCAUCAGCUCCCAGUUUCCCGUAUUUGAAAUGUAAGACUCUGUAAUACAUGUCACAACUGGAUACCCGGGUUUUACUUUAUUUGGCAUGAAAUCUGGCACGAGCCUUCCAGUUCAUUUUUUCUGAUUCUUUUUGUUUUGUUUUGCCAGGUUCACUGCUUAAACAUUUCUUAAAAAAUAAACUUGUCAUUACUCUGUCUGCUUCCCUCUUAACUUGUUAGUUUUUAGGCAGAACAUGCACCCUUCUUUUAAUUUCUCCUUUUUGCUUCCUUUUAUUUUUUUACCCUCUUGUAUAUUCCUUUUGUUGUCUCUUCUCCCCGUCCACGUAUUUGCUGUCUUUGUCUCCUCUUCCUCCUCGUUUUUCUUUCUUUAGGUAUUUCUUUCCUCCUCUGGACCCUCCCAGAGCGGGUAUUGUGUAUGGUCACCUGCUGCCUCCUUCCUCCCUAAUAGAGCACUGUGAUAGUGAGCCCAUUCAGCCUCAGCAACAGGCUCUUCCCCACAGGCUCUCCUCCAGGG